AUGUCGCCUAAGGCAGUAGUUGCGAAUGGAUGCACUAGAUGCACAAUUCCUGGCACAUUUACUAAUUUUUUAAAACAAUUUAGAGAAAAUGUCGGCUCGUAUGCUUCGGCUCCACAGUCUACAUGGACAAGGUCAAUUUUAAAGCCAUCAAGAAAAUGGGUGUCUUCUGCAGUCUUAAAGGCAUAUUUAGCACCGUCUUUGGCUGCAGUGAAAGGACUGUCAGGAACUCCAAGAGGAUUUGUGGCUCCAUCUCCAAUUCACAGGGAGACAUUUGUAUAUGGGGAAUUGGGAAUAAGGGUGGAAUUUCCUGGAAAUAUUGGAUUGCUAGCAAAUGCUAAGGAGCCUUGAGAAAUGCUACCAAUAUUGACUUUUUGGGAAUUUUGGAUAUUUAUUACAGUAAAAUUUCCAGGUAAAUAA